UGACAAUGACAGAUUUACUAUAGAAAUGGAAGAAAAAUUGUUUGUCGUUUUCGAGUUAUUUUAUUAAAGUAAAAAUAAAAUAGAAUUUAAAAUGAAUUGAUGUGUGCGGCAAAUGAAACCGCAACAAAGUAUCUUGAAUAUUAAAUAACUUGAGUUAAGAACUCUAUCUCCAACAUACCGCUUUUAGUGAGCAUUCAUUUUGAUUUGGGGAGCCCAGCCAUGGCGGAUCAAUCAUCGGUGUUAGCGCUGAUAAUAUUGGCGGUCGGUGUCACUGUGCAUUUCUCCUUGCACAAAGUUGAAGAAGGACAUGUCGGCGUUUAUUAUCGGGGUGGUGCUCUGCUUCCAGUUACCAGCCAACCUGGUUUCCACAUGAUGAUACCGCUUUUGACUUCAUACAAAGCAAUUCAGACCACUCUGCAAACAGACGAAGUAAAGAAUGUACCUUGUGGUACUAGCGGAGGUGUUAUGAUAUACUUUGAAAGAAUUGAAGUUGUCAAUAAGUUGGAGCCCCCUAGUGUGUUGGACAUGGUGCGUAACUUCACAGCUGAGUAUGACAAGACACUCAUCUUCAAUAAGGUUCACCAUGAGUUGAACCAGUUCUGCAGUGCCCACACCUUGCAUGAGGUCUAUAUAGAUCUCUUUGACCAGAUCGAUGAAAACUUGAGGACUGCUUUACAAAGGGACCUUGACGAAAUGGCGCCUGGUCUCAGGGUGCAGGCAGUACGAGUCACCAAACCAAAGAUACCAGAAGCAAUUCGCAAAAACUAUGAACUCAUGGAAGCUGAAAAGUCUAAACUUCUUAUAGCAGCUCAACAUCAAAAAGUUGUAGAGAAGGAAGCAGAGACAGCUCGUAGAAAGGCAGUUAUUGAAGCUGAGAAGGAAGCACAAGUUGCUAAAAUUCAAUAUGAACAGAAGAUAAUGGAGAAAGAAUCUUUGCAGAAGAUAGAACUGAUCGAGGACAGCAUCCACAAAGCUAAACAAACAACGAAAGCGGAAGCAGACUACUACCACUUGAAGAAACAGGCAGAAGCUAACAAAUUAUUACUCACAAAAGAGUAUUUGGAAUUGAAGAAAUAUGAAGCUCUAAGCCUCAAUAAUAAAGUAUACUUUGGAAGUGACAUCCCUAACAUGUUCAUGCAAGCUACUGUUGGGGACAGUGUACAAAAGACUGUACAGGUUGAAUGAGUUAUAAUCACACUGUCAAAACGUAACCUAGUCAUUGAGUAAUGUGUUCAUGAGUUUUGACAUCAAAGUAUUUAUGAAUAUAAAGUACAUUUGUGCAAAUGUCUUGAAGUGUAAAUAUGUUUGUUUAGGUGAAUCGAAUGUGGUAAUUUAAAGUUAUCAACUAUUACAUGCUUCUUCUGCUAGAAUCAAGUGUGAUGUAAUGACAAUCUCAUUCUUGACUGAUUUUUCACUGAUAUCUAUGGAUUUCGAAUUUUUGUGAUAGCUUUUCCAUGUGAAAUAAAAAAACAAAAAUGAGAAA